GCAGGAAGUUUCUGUUUCCUUCCUUAAAGUAGGUUUAAGAUUACAAAUUAAUCUCAAAAGAGAUUAUGAGUAUCUCGAAGAGUUAAUGAAUAUCUUAAAACUGCCUGUUUCUCUUAAUUGUCCAAAGGCCAGUUGAUCCUGAAGCAUAUAAAAUACCAAUGCACGAAGAAGAGAAGCAUAGCCGAGGCGGUCAUCAAACAGCAAACAGGAACCAAGCGCUGUGUCUGCUGGGAAAGAUGCCAAAAUGUGGGUUUACCUUCAUUAGCCUUUUUGUGCUGUUACUCGGUUUCUCCAUUAUUUGUGUGGGAGUCCUUUGCAUUUCCACACGCUCCUCCACAUGCAGAUGUGGAAAUAAUGAGGUGGUGUUUUAUUGCCUGUUAGCUUUGGGGCUCUUUCUCCUCCUGACUGGCAUUUCCUGGAGCACUUGGUAUGAAGUCUUGAAAUACAGGCGCCCCUUCACCACCUUCAUUCGAAAUCCCAGCCGUAGAGAGCUACGUGUCCGCACCAUAGACAGGCCUGACUUCUACCCCCCUUCCUAUGAAGACAGCACAGAUCCUGAAAAACAGACCUUCCCGCUGCCAGUUGCCUCCACACUAAAACAGCAAGAAGUCAUCAAUAUCCCUCCACCCCCAUAUAGCGAAAGCAGUGCGCAGUUCAUCAGUGAAACUAACGAGCAGGAACAGCCACCACCUUACGAAUUAUCAGUGUGGCAGCUACUGCAGCAGCAAACAGCUGACCAACACUCAAACCCUGGAAGGGAGUCAAAUUCCCAUCCAUCCACACAAGGAAACAGUUACCAACAGGAUACAGAUUGCCCGAGCAUCUCAGAAAAAGCAACGCCUGUCAGAGCAGCUGAAACAGGCAGUGGGUAAAAUCCUGUGUCCGUGAAGUGGGGAAAACUGGAAGAUGCCAUGUGUCAGUGACCCCUAACAGUACGUCACUUAGGGUGAAACCGCCCAGGAGAAGCACUGACCAUUUGUGCGUUUGAGUGGAGCUGGAGAGGACACACACAAAGAUGCUCAGUAUUUCAAAGCAGAAUGAAUCCCCGUUAAGAUAGA